GGCCGGAAGUGAAUUGGAGGUGUGGCGGAAGUGGUCAGGGAGUGGGGAGAACGGGAGGGGGCGUUCCCACUCUACAGCAGAGCCGGAUGUUUGCCGAGCUUUGACAGGCGUGGCAGAAGGAGCAGUGCCGGACCACGGUUUCUCUUCAGGUUCUGUGGCCAUGGACCCACUUUCAGAGCUGCAGGACGACCUGAACGUGGAUGACACCAGCCAGGCUCUGAACCAGCUGAAGCUAGCGUCCAUUGAUGAGAAGAACUGGCCCUCGGAUGAAAUGCCCGACUUUCCCAAGUCAGAUGACUCCAAAAGCAGCUCCCCGGAACCUGUCACACACCUGAAGUGGGAUGACCCUUACUACGACAUUGCCCGGCACCAGAUUGUGGAGGUGGCAGGAGAUGACAAGUAUGGGCGAAAGAUCAUUGUGUUUAGUGCCUGCCGGAUGCCCCCGAGCCACCAACUGGACCACAGCAAGCUCCUGGCGUACCUGAAGCACACCCUGGACCAGUAUGUGGAAAGUGACUACACACUGCUCUACCUGCACCACGGCUUGACCAGUGACAACAAGCCCUCCCUCAGCUGGCUUCGGGAUGCCUACCGGGAGUUUGACCGCAAGUACAAGAAGAACAUCAAAGCCCUGUACAUCGUGCACCCCACCAUGUUCAUCAAGACCCUGCUCAUCCUCUUUAAGCCCAUCAUUAGCUUCAAGUUUGGGCAGAAGAUCUUCUAUGUGAAUUACCUGAGCGAGCUGAGCGAGCAUGUGAAGCUGGAGCAGCUGGGGAUCCCUCGCCAAGUGCUCAAGUAUGAUGACUUCCUGAAAUCCACACAGAAGAGCCCUGCAACAGCCCCCAAGCCCAUGCCACCACGGCCUCCCCUGCCCAACCAGCAGUUUGGGGUCUCCCUGCAGCACCUCCAGGAGAAGAGCCCAGAGCAGGAGCCCAUCCCACUGGUGCUCCGGGAGACCGUUGCCUAUCUGCAGGCCCAAGCUCUGAACACCGAGGGGAUUUUCCGGAGGUCGGCCAACACGCAGGUUGUACGGGAAGUGCAACAGAAGUACAACAUGGGGCUGCCCGUAGACUUCAACCAGUACGACUUGCAUCUGCCAGCAGUCAUCCUCAAGACCUUCCUCCGGGAGCUUCCUGAGCCCCUGCUCACCUUUGACCUCUACCCCCACGUCGUGGGCUUCCUCAACAUUGAUGAGAGCCAGAGAGUGGAGGUGACGCUGCAGGUCCUUCGGACGCUGCCUGAGGAGAACUACCAGGUGCUUCGUUUCCUCACUGCCUUCCUGGUGCAGGUUUCUGCCAACAGUGACCAGAAUAAGAUGACCAACACUAACCUGGCUGUUGUCUUCGGCCCUAACCUGCUGUGGGCCAAGGAUGCUGCCAUCACUCUGAAGGCCAUUAAUCCCAUCAAUACCUUCACCAAGUUCCUCCUGGAUCAUCAAGCGGAGCUGUUCCCUAGCCCUGACUCCUAGGGGCUCUGAGCCCAGCCCCUGCCCCACCAGCCCCCUUCUCUGAUAGCUCCAGUUUGGACACUAACUCCUGGCAUCAGCGUUACAGGAGGCCAGGGCUCCUGUGACACCAGGAGAUAGAAGCUGGAGCCAGCCAACUGGGUAACUCCUCCUCCCCUUCUCUCCAGCCCACCUCACUGGCCCUGGAGGCCUCACAGUUACCAUGAGACUUUUUUCUUCGCCUUAUACUUCUCACUGCCUCCUGAAUCCCUGGUUCCUGUGGGACUAUGCAGAGCUGGACUUGGCUCUUGCAAUCCCUUUCCUGCUUUCUCCUGCCUCUCUCUGGCAAUUGCAGGUGCCAAAAUCACUGCCGGCUGGGCUGGCAGCAGGGGCCGGUCCACCUCCUCCUAUUGCUGGGAGAUGAAAGGCUGAGCUGGCUUAGGCGGGCCCUGCUGAGGCUCCUCCCUAUCUGGGUGAGGGCCUGAGUAGAGGCACUCUGCUCCUGCCCUCGCCUCUACCGGCUCAGCCUUGGGUAUUUCCACAGCUAAGGAAUGACAGGCCAGAGUCUGCUUCCUGUUUCUGCCUCCUUCUCCUCCACACAUCCUGGUCAGCCUUUCCCAAGUGGUAGUGCUCCCCAGGAUGUUCUAACCUGGUUCUGCCAGGACUGGCAGCUUGGAUGACAUGCUGAGUCCCAGCAUCCAUUCAAAGUAGACACUCCACUCCCUCCCCUGAGAGACCCUAGUGUCUGGUCGGACCAGUGACAAGCAGUCUCAGCCUCUAUGCCUUGCCUAAGGACAGAUCCUAGGCCUAAGGUUCUUGGGGACGUGUCUGUUGUGGAGUCACACUGGUCCCUGCUCUGACCAGAGGGCACUCAGUGCCUCAGAAUCUGUGACGGCUCCUUUCUCCAGCUGGGGACUCCUGGAGGGGCUGGGCAGAGAUUUUGCUAAUUAGAUUGGCGACCUUCAGGUGAGUUCUAGCAACCUCCCCCAGGGAGCGUGGGGCCUUAGGGCCCUGUCUUUUAGAAAACCUAGACCCCAAUGAUGAUGGCUAAUCCCUUAUUCUAGCUU